AAAAUGAUGAACAAUCUUAAUUAUUUUAUUGUUUAUAUAUAAAUAAUAAAUCAUUUCUAAAGUCAAAUAUUGGUAUUAAUUCUAUGAUAUUUAUUAUUUUAACAAAAAUUUAUUUAAAAAAAUUUUAGUAAAUAGCAAUAUACAAUCAUAAUAAAAAUGGUUGAUCUUGAAAAAUAUAAAACCAAUAUAAGUUUACCAAAACGAUUACAAUCUCCCGAUCCCAAAAAUGAAAAAAAUGAAAAAAUAAGUGGACCUGUUAUUAUUAAUAUGCAAAAAGCUUUUUAUGAUUUAAAAAUUUCCGAUAUAAAUAACAGAAUCCAGAGGUUACAAGAACGAAAUAAUGAACUUACAGAUAAUUGCGAAGAGAUAAAUUUACUUCUAAUUUCAACGGAUGCAGAAACUGCAAAUGAAAUUACUCAAUUGACACAAAAUUUGUCUAACGAAGUAACAAAAUUAGAAGAAAAUAAGAACACACUGAGUAUUCUAGAGGAAGGGAUAGUAAAUGAUAAAUUUUCUCAUAUUGACAAAAUGAAUUCUUUAAAUGAUAAAUAUGCAAGAAAACGUUUAGAAUUAAUAUCAUUAAUUAAACCAUUAAGUAAUACAUUAUUAGAUGCAAAGAUAAAUAUGUUGGAAGACUAUAGAAAGUCACAAUCAGUUCUUCAAGAAAAAUUAGAAAAUAAAAACAUUUUUAUGCAACAGGAGGAAGAAAAAGUAGAACAACAAAUACAACAAAUUCAAUUGAAAUUUAAAUUUGACAGAGAAAAGCUUAAAAAGGACAUGUACAAUCGCCUUCUUGAUUCAGCUGGAAUUUUUCAAAUGGAAAUUUCGAAGUGUAUACAAGAACCUAUUCAUAAACUUAUAAGAGAAAAUAUUAUGUUAAAUAAUUAUUUAACUGAAAUUAUGAAUGGAAGUUUUACUGAAAAAGAAAUAUUUAAAAAUUCCAAAGAUAUGAAGGAUGUACUUCUUAAGAAAAAUAAAUUAAGUUAUUUAGAUACCAGAUAUAAUAUAAAAGUUUCUAAAAUUCAAAAUCAUCUUUUGAAAUCCUUAAAAGAAGUCCAUAGUGAUAUAGAAAGACAUUUAAUUAAUUUCAAGGUUUUAAGUUCUAAUCUAGAGAAAGAUUUGAUUAAUAGAGAUUAUGCACAAAAACAAACAAAUAUUUCUGAAGCACAUGUAAAAAAAUUGGAAGUAAUGUUGUACAAAGAGAGAAUAGAAAUUAGUACUUCAAAAUAUAUACGAAAAAAGAUACAAUGUAAAAUUAAAAAAUGUAGGGAAACACUUUAUGAUGUUAAAUAUGCUGUAAUAUGUGCACUACAGAUGGCAAAUAGUGACUCUAAGUUUGCACAAAUGGAUAAAAAAAGUUUGUUGCUACAUUUACAAAAUAUUAUUAUAGAAAGUCAAGCCUACAUGUCAAAUAUUAUAAUUAAAUCGAUGGAAUCUAUACUGGAAUCAAGUAAUGUGUAUAUCUAUGGAGAUCUUGGAUUUGAACCAACAUCUAUUAAAUUAAGAGAAUCGACUCAGAUAGUAGAAAAUGAAAUAUUUACACCAAUCAUUUCUGAAACUUUUGGUAUAAAAGAACUGGAAGAACAAUCAAAAGAAGAUUUAAUAAAAGAUAAAAGUUUAACUAUAUUCGAGGCACCAACAGUUAAAGAACUUAUUGAAACUAAAUUUUCAAGUGCAGAGGAUUCAAUUUCUGAAGAAUUUGAAGUGACAGGAAUUGAUAAUGAUGAAAUUUAAUAUGACUGAAAAUAGUCGGAAUUUAAUAUGUAUA